CAACGGUCUUCUACUUUCAAACAGUUCGUCAAAGCAACGCCAUUUCCGGAUUUAAUUCAAAAUUGGAAAAUAAGAAUCCAGUAUGGUGACGAACAUAACAACACUCCUGAUCCUAGUGACGCUGUCAGCUGUCACUGCGCAGACAUUCCAGUACUCCCGCGGCUGGACCAAUGGGAAGCGAGACGGGCAUAAGAGGAGUGAAGACUUGAGGGAUAUCUCUAACCUGGAGAGGAUCCUGAGCCCGUGCCAGAUGAACAAGCUAAAGUAUCUGCUGGAGGGAAAGCCUAUUAGUGAGCGAGUCCUGGCGUCCUGCGACUACGCAGAUGACGACGACAACCAGCCGAAGCGGUACAAACACGACAGAAAUGCAGAUCUAUUUGAUACUUUCCAAUAAUUUUACAA